AUGGUGGAGAGGGAUGUCAUCCGCUACGCUCGGCUUAAUGUCAGGGUGCCUGUCCUCCGGGUCUACAUGGAUCCGGAGCAGGACAUGAGGCCAAGCUUCAGGCUGACCAGGCGGUCGUUUAAUGCCCUGCUGGCCAUCCUUAAUCAGGAGAGGGACCAUGGUUGGGGCCAUAGGCUGGAGGUCCUCAUUUUUAUCUACUGGCUGGCCCAUGGUACCUCUUAUCGGGUGACAGCUGAGGCAUUUGACAUCCCAAAAUCCACCAUCCACAAGGUUGUUCACCGCAUUGGAAGGGAGAUCAGAAAGGCCAGAUCCAAGGUCAUUUUCUUUCCCAGCCAUGACACCUUGGAUGAGGUUGGCCGUGGGUUUGGUGUGCUGGCUCAGCAUUGUGCUUUCAAUAAAGCAGUGGGGGCCAUAGAUGGCUGCCACAUCAGGAUCAAACCACCCAAACACAAUAAACCGGAUUACUUUAAUUACAAGCAGUUUUAUUCCAUUCAACUCCAAGCUGUCUGUGAUUCAGCCGGACGAUUUCUGGACAUUUUUGUUGGCUACGGCGGCUCUGUGCACGACACCCGCAUUCUCAGAAACAGCCCCAUUUAUGUUCAGGCCUUGUACCCCCCACCUGGUUAUUUUCUUUUGGGAGACGGAGGUUACCCCUGCCUUGAGGGGCCCAUUGCUAUUAUUACCCCCUACCGACACCCCUUGCAUGGAAGGAUGCAGGAGCGCUUCAACCAGGCGCACAGCCGGGCCCGCUCCAUUAUUGAGCGGGCCUUUGGCAUGAUGAAGGCACGGUGGCGGGCCACCCUCUUCAAGGCCCUGGAGGUGAGGCCCCGCUUCUGCUCUGAAGUUGCCCUGGCAUGUGCAGUCCUGCACAAUUUGUGUCUGGCCCAAGGUGAUGUUGUCGAAGAGCCAGAGCAGCAGCCACAUGGCCCUGACCUCCCACCCCCACCACCCCCUCCCGAAGACCUCCAGGGGAGCAGCAUACUACUUUCUCUGCCCCUAAUGGAUCACCACCUCAUCGUGGUGGGGCAGUUUGUGUGUCUCCAUGACCUUGAGAGCUAUGUCGGCUGGAGUUUAUACUCCUGGUAG